AUGCGCUGGUACAGCCUCUACGCGGAGGCUCGACUGGAAAUACUCGAUUUUGUCGCCAAUUCCACUAUUCAUGAGAGAGGCUCCAUCGCAAGAUACGCCUGCGUAUCUAGAGAAUGGCAGGAUUGGUUCGAGAUAUUCACAUUCAAGCGCGUGGAACUCUCACCCUCCGAUAUCAUGCCAUUCAUAACCGCUUUCCUGAAUCUUCGACGUCGAAAGUACCUCCAAUUCAUUGGCAUGAGACCCGAUCUGCCGAUUCAUAAACACAAUCGAGAUCCGUUUCUUGAUCGUGACAAAUUUGUAAACAUACAUCAGCAAAUGCAAGCCCUCGCACAGAAGCCCCCUACGUUAUACGGCAAUUAUCCUUUGCUGAAACAGCAAGAGGAGGAAAACAACUAUGCCUUCACUAUCAUCUUGCGGGGUUUGUUCAUGGAGCUUUUUCAGUGGAGAGUGGAGGACUGUCAUCACGAGGGUAUCGAGUUGGAGAUCAUUGCCGACUGCGAAAGUCAUUGGCAGAAGACAGCGGGAGAAUACCGGGAACUUAAUCCUCCUAGCGACACUGGCCAUGGGAACUUUUAUAACAGUCUCUCAAGUGAGCUUCAGUUCUUUCAUGCCCCUCCGUAUCAUGGACAUCAAGUGCUGCACGACGGCGAGUUGGAUUUUCACUUCUGGCUUAAGCUAGACGUGCCUUUCGGAGGGAAGUUAGGUCCCAAGGUCGACGUCAUCUCAGGCCUAUCGAUCCUCCGAAGAACUGUUCGUCAUUUCGAUCCUGAAGCAAUCGCCCAUGCCAUAAGCCUGCUUCCGCGUCUCAGGGCACUCCGAUGGGAGGUCAGACCUCAUGCGCAUUGGGAAGCCGAGCAUAAGUUUCAUCAUCAUCUGCGGUCCCUUCUAUUCGCCUUACCCCCGGCUAUGGACAAGGUCAAAAUCCAACAGCAGCCCACGUCAAAACCACAGAAUAGUCCAGGGCCCUCUGAACACCUUCCAGGUCUAGGCCCACGUCUGAUCCUAUCAUGUCCAUACCUUACCAACAUAUACAUGGACAUCAGUGUCGACGUUGCCAAAUUCUUUGGCAUGCGUCAUCGUUUGCAAAACGUUCAAUAUGCCUGCAUACGAACUAACCAGGCAUUACUCGACGAACUUCCCAACACCUCGAAUCAGCUCUUUGGCUGGAUUGGCAAGGCGGUAUCUACUAUGCCAAAGCUCAGGGCUCUAUGUGUCUUUAACAUAAACGACACUGUAGCUUGCGUGAUCAACUGUCACGUGGAGCGUGAGAGUUUCAAAGUCGUUGUCCACUGCAGUUGGCCAUUCGAUGUCAGAGAUGAUACCAAGGCCCGCUGGAGGAAGGCCGGGGGACAUCAGCCUGACGAGUCUGUUCGGUUGGUACUGGAAGAUUCGUACGACACUGUUAAGCAUGAGAUUAUUUUGCAACAGCAGUGGCAUAGUAGUCUGUGCUGA